CCAGCACAGGCCUCCCCGCGGCCUGGCCGGGCUGAGGAGCAGCUUCACCCCUAUUCACCCAGACCUUGGAGCUCUUGCUCUUGCAACGACUUGGGUUCGCACGAGUUUGAAUCCCAGGGAGAAUGCCCAACUUUGGGUCUGGGCUGCCUCUUCCUGCUCUCUGCUCCCGCCCGGAUCUGCUCGGGUUCUCUGUCUUUUCCGUUCCCUCUGCUCGGGUCUCUGUCAUUUCUGUCUUUGUCUUUGGGUGUCUGGCGGUUUCCCCUUCCUCCCCCAUUCUGCUCCCCAGAGAGGAAGCCCCAGAGGUGGCCUGCCCACUGCUUUCUCACACACACACACACACACACACACACACACACACACACACUCUCUCUCUCUCUCUCUCUCUCCUUCUCUUUCUAGUUUGCAAACUCAGCUCUGGAGUUCAGCAACGACAGCAGCAGGAAAAACCUGCCCCUGCCCCCCCACUCCUGCCACCUCCCCUACCCUGUUCUCCCUUCACCAACCAGGCACCCCCCAGUUCCCGCAAGGCCCUCCUGCCAUGUCGGACUCAGACAUCCGCAGGGGCCCUGAUGUCCCCGCCAUGUGGCCCCCCUGCUCCAGGGGUGCCUGAGCCCCUUGAAGAGCCACCACCAGCUCCCUGCCCACCUUGGCCCAGUCCUGAGCCCCAGGGACCAUGAGUGGGGGCAAGAAGAAGAGUAGUUUCCAAAUCACCAGCGUCACCUUGGACUACGAGGGCCCAGGGAGCCCCGGGGGUUCAGAUGCCCCUGCCCUGCCGGCCCCUGCUGGGCCACUGGCCCCUACCGGGCCAUCAGCCCCCGCCCCCGCUGGGCUACCAGCCCCGGCCCCCACCGGGCCCCCACCCCGCCUGCCCAAUGGGGAGCCUAACCCCGAGCCAGGGGGCAAGAGCACCCCCCGGAAUGGCUCCCCACCGCCUGGGGCCCCCGCCUCCCGUUUCCGGGUGGUGAAGCUGCCCCAAGGCCUGGGAGAGCCUUAUCGCCGAGGCCGUUGGACGUGUGUGGAUGUUUACGAGAGAGACCUGGAGCCCCCUAGCUUUAGCCGGCUCCUGGAGGGUAUUCGAGGGGCCUCAGGAGGCAAUGGGGGCAGAUCUUUGGAUUCCAGGUUGGAGCUGGCCAGCUUGGGCCUGGGCACCCCUAUCCCACAGCCAGGCCUGUCUCAGGUCCCCACCUCCUGGCUCCGCCCGCCCCCCACCUCCCCUGGACCUCAGGCCCGCUCCUUCACAGGGGGACUGGGCCAGCUGGCAGUGCCCGGCAAAGCCAAGGUGGAAACACCUCCGCUGUCCGCCUCCCCACCCCAGCAGCGCCCCCCAGAGCCUGGGACCGGGGAUAGCGCGGGCCCUUCUGGGGCUGCCACACCCCUGCCCACCUUGAGAGUAGAAGCAGAGGCAGGAGGCUCCACAGCGGCAGCAGGAGCGGGGACCCCUCCACUGUCCCGUGUGAAGGAUGGAGCCCUGCGGCUGAGGAUGGAGUUGGUUGCUCCAGAGGAGAUGGGACAGGUGCCCCCGGUCGACUCUCGCCCCAGCUCCCCAGCCCUCUACUUCUUCCCCGAUGCCAGUCUGGUUCACAAGUCUCCAGACCCCUUUGGAACAGCGGCUGCCCAGAGCCUCAACUUCGCCCGAUCCAUGCUGGCCAUCAGUGGCCACCUGGACAGCGAUGAUGAUAGUGGCUCCGGAAGCCUGGUUGGCAUUGACAACAAGAUCGAACAAGCCAUGGACUUGGUGAAGUCCCACCUCAUGUUUGCGGUCCGGGAGGAGGUGGAGGUGCUGAAGGAGCAGAUCCGGGACCUGGCGGAGCGGAACGCUGCGCUGGAGCAGGAGAAUGGACUGCUGCGUGCCCUGGCCAGCCCAGAGCAGCUGGCCCAGCUGCCUUCCUCGGGGGUCCCCCGGCUUGGACCCCCAGCGCCCAAUGGGCCCUCGGUCUGAGCCUCCCUUCCCUCACAAUGUGCCUUUGGGGGCCACCAGAGCUGCCAGGCCCUGUGCCAGCUGCCUGCCCCCCUUCCUAUGCAGCUUUAACGCCCCCUGAUCCCUGGGGACGGGCGUGGAAGGCUGAGAAGGGGCCUGGCCCCACCCUUCCUUGAUAUCCCUGCAAUGCCCGGGGACCAGGCUGGGGCAUCCCUGCACAUUGACGGAGGAGGGAAUGCAUUGGGACGGGAUGUUGGAUGGAGCCCCCCCUCCUCCUUUCCCAGCCAUCAGUGUUCCGGGACCCCCAGCAAUAGAUGGUUUGGGGGAGUUGGAGGCUCCCUGGCAGCCGUCCCCACCUUGUUCCCUGGAGCGUGCCCCCCCACCCCCUGCCUUCUCUGCCAGGGGAGGGAGGACAGACAGUGUAUCUGGAAGUUCUGGGAUUCAGGUUGUUAUUGAAAUAAUAAUUAUAAUUAAAGAAUCCGAAGAAACUUGAA